AAGUAAUUCCUGCUUUACAAACCACCGUGGCAUACACUGGUCUGGUCCAUAACGUUGCUUCCGCAUCGCCGUCUGUUACUCCGGUGCAACUACAUGCCUGUAAGUAGACCCCUUCCUAUGUCCUGGCUCUCUCUCACACCGAGUUCCACCAACUCGCGCUUAUCGACGAAUUGCGGAGCGGUGCAAUCUGGCUGACACCACACGAAGGCUGGCUGCCACGGGUUGAUUGAUUACCUUUACAGCCUAGAGCAUGGCCACCCAGCUAGUUUCACUGGCAGAGGUGGAGAGGCUCAGUACCUCGGUUGUGAGGAUAUUGGGGGGCAACCCUGGCAAGUUUACUCUGCAAGGGACGAACACAUAUCUGAUCGGUCGUGGAUAUCAACGGAUUCUCAUUGACACGGGCCAAGGGGAGCCCUCGUGGGCAUCUCAACUCAAGACCCUAUUGGCAGAAGAGAAUGCAACCGUGCACCAAGCCCUUCUGACGCACUGGCAUACAGAUCAUGUGAAGGGCGUGCCUGACCUCCUGGAGCUGUGCCCGGAAGCAACCAUCUACAAGAACCAACCAGAACGAGGGCAGAGUGGCAUCGAAGAUGGCCAAGUCUUCCGCGUCGAAGGCGCAACCUUGACGGCGUACCAUACCCCGGGACAUACGGUCGACCAUAUGAUGUUUGUUCUCGAAGAGGAAGAUGCAGUCUUCACGGGUGAUAAUGUCUUGGGCCACGGCACUAGUGUCUUCGAGGAUUUAAGGGCCUAUUUGUCCAGCCUGCAGAGAAUGCAGCACCGGGUGUCGGGCCGCGGCUAUCCCGGCCAUGGCGCGGUAAUUGAGAGCGCCACGGCGAAGAUUACAGAGUACAUUAGACACCGACAACAGCGGGAGGACGAGGUGAUCCAGGUUCUGCGGGAUUAUCAGGCCGAUGUCGCUGUGAAUAAUGAGUUCUCUCCGGAGCGCAAACAGUCCUGGACCCCUCUGGAGCUAGUCCGGGUGAUCUACAAGGAUGUUUCCGAAAGUCUUCACCUCCCUGCUUCCCAUGGCGUACGGUUAGUGCUGGAGAAGCUGGAGGAGGAGGGCCGGGUUAUCCAGGAGAGUGAUGGGUCAUGGAGCCUGGAGAGUGGGAGGUCCACGCUAUGAGGGGUUUCCAACGGGACUGCCUACUUAUCUGCUUAUACACUUGUCUACGGUAACUAACUAACCAGUCCAACUCCAUACUUACAUAAGUACAUACUUGGUUUCUUCGGUUGGAAAUGACCAGUGACUUUUGGGGAGAGAUGAGGGGCGUUGCCGGAAAUAGUAGGGAUGAGAAUCGCCUGCCUUUUCCCUAUCAUCAUAGACAAAUAAAUAAACCGUUUCCGGCGGACCAGCGGCGAGGCCCAGACCCUUC